CCGCCCCAGCGCGCAGCUCGCGCUCGGCCGGAAGUGAGGGCAGGCGGGGAAGGGGGCGGGGCCGCGCGGCUCCCCACGGGCCUCGGCCGCCGCCAUUUUGUUGGCGCCGGGCGCUGCCGCCGGGGCGAGAAGGGCUGGGAAUCGCUCGUCGGCUCCUCCCUCGUCGGGGCCGAGAGGCGGGGACUGAGCGCGGCCCGGCCGGGACGGGACGGAGCGGCGGGGCCCAACGCGGUGCAGCGAUGUCGGCAUUCUCGGAGGCGGCGCUGGAGCGGAAGCUGUCGGAGCUGAGCAACUCGCAGCAGAGCGUGCAAACCCUGAGCCUGUGGCUCAUCCACCACCGCAAGCACUCGGCGCUCAUCGUCAGCGUGUGGGAGCGGGAGCUGCGCAAAGCAAAACCAAAUAGGAAGCUUACAUUCCUGUACUUGGCCAAUGAUGUCAUACAGAACAGCAAAAGGAAAGGACCAGAAUUUACAAAAGACUUUGCUCCAGUAAUAGUGGAGGCUUUUAAGCAUGUUUCAAGUGAGUCUGAUGAGAGUUGUAAGAAGCACCUUGGCCGAGUGCUGUCUAUCUGGGAAGAAAGGUCUGUUUAUGAAAAUGAUGUAUUAGAACAACUUAGGCAAGCUUUGUAUGGAGACAGAAAGGUGAGGAAGCGCACAUAUGAACAGAUCAAAGUUGAUGAAAAUAACUGUUCACCUCGAAGUUCUCCCACUGAUCCUCCUCAGACCACAGAUCUCAUUAGAGCAUUACAAGAACUAGAAAACGCUGCCUCUGGGGAUGCAGCAGUUCACCAGAGAAUAGCUUCCUUGCCUCUAGAGGUCCAGGAUGUGUCCCUGUUAGACAGAAUAACAGAUAAGGAAUCUGGAGAGCAACUUUCCAAAAUGGUAGAUGAUGCAUGUAUGUUGCUGGCGGAUUAUAAUGGCAGGUUGGCAGCCGAAAUAGAUGAUAGAAAACAGCUAACUCGAAUGUUAUCAGACUUUCUCCGAUGUCAAAAAGAGUUCCUUGCAGAGAAAGAACAUAAGCUGGAAGAGUACAAACGCAAGUUAGCCAGAGUGUCCCAAGUACGGAAAGAACUCAGGUCACGCAUCCAGAACCUGCCUGAUCUCUCUCGACUUCCCAACGUCACGGGCAGCCACGUACACCUGCCGUUUGCAGGAGACAUCUACAGCGAUGAUUGAUUACCAAACAUCCCCCCACAACCUCUGCUUUUCUGUGAAAUGAGGGGUAGGCCAGACCGAUCGGUACUCUUGUAGUAUUAUUUUUGUAUAUUGUUGCAGAGUGUCAGUAAAAUACUUUAAUAAUUUAUAAAAAAUGGUUUAAAAAGUUGAUUUGUUUACUAUUUUAUUGGUGAGUGAACAUAAGGGUACAUUUAUAAAAGUGGCAUCUCUGUCUGUUACAUGGAAGAAGAAUGAAUAAUUAUCUUUUGUAAAGAUUUUAGUUGGGUGCCCUGUAAAAAAACAUGCUAAGAUUUUUCUUAUGUACCCUGUAUUUAAUGUAGAUCAAUAUAUAAUCAAAACAUAAUUCUAACUUGAGACAUUUCCAUUGCAAGUGAGAGAGUGAAACGUGGAAAUCACAGGCUUAUGUUUGCAAGAAGGCAGAUGCAAUUUAAUGCAAAGUUAAGUGAUCUUACUGUACUCACUCCCAAAACAAUGUGGGUUUUUUUGAAGUAAAUGCUAACAACCAAUUUUCUAUUGGAAAAUAUUAAUCAUGUUACACUGAGCAGAUCUUCAAACAAUUCAAAAUACUACAAUAUUUUUGUAUCAUUUAGAAGUCAGCAUGUAGAAACUAUAAAAUUGACCAGUUUAAUUAUGUUUUGAAAUAGUAGCUUUUUACAGCUGCUUAGUUUCUAAAUCGAGGGACCAUUCAUUUGCAAUCUAAUCCCUUUCUGGAACAUCUGUUUCCAUCUAAAAAGGUUAGUCCCAGAAAUGUGAAGCCAUUUUACAGUUUUAAUUAAAUUCAAAGGUCAUUCUCUAAACUGUCUCAGUUGCUAAGUGCCCAUUAUUAAAAUCUGACAAUGUACCAUCCAUACAUGCAACAAAAUGGUGAUACAGCUGUACUGUACAUCCUCUUCCACUGAGAAACCCUGGAGGCCAGCAUGGGCUACCACCUCCCCACCUUCACCUGCUCCAGCAAAUAUUUCUAAGUCUUGAUUGUCAUUUUCUCACACAACAGGAGGAGACUGUUCAGGCCUGUGUAUAACUCAAACAGCAGGAAACUAUUGCCCAGUUAAAAAACUCUGUUGCAUGGCAUAAAUUUGGUAUUUUUCUGGGAACAGCUGAAUUUGUGAAGAAUCUUUGUUUCCAUACUAUGCAUCAGCUUGUAAGUUCACUUGAAAACUUCAAGAUACAGAUAGGCAUUUAGCACAUUGUCUGAAAGUUGUGGCUUUUCAAUCCAUUGGAAUGAGCCGUGUAACCAUUGAGUGAUUUUAAAAAUGCCUGCCUGUACCUUUGGCAUUUCGAUGACCUAAAAAACCUGGGCUGCAAGUGUUUUGAGUUGGAUAUAUCAUAGGACCGUUUUAUGAUUGCAUUUUGUUCAUGGUUUUGCACUUGUCAGGCAUUGUUUUGUACCAGUUAAGUUCACAGUUUACAAGUUUAAUGCACCUCACAUGAAAACAAUUUUUUUUACAAAAAGCUGUUCUUUCUUUUCAAAACCCACAACAAUUCAAAAUAGUCUUGGGGAAAAAUUGUUCAAGGUAGUUAUCUGUCACUUGUUAUUGGCUUCUACAGGGCUAAUCACUAGAAUACUUUUAGGAUGUGAAUGGAGAAUAACCACUCUCUUUAAAAUAGAUACACUUGGACAUAAGCGUCUCAGUCCAGUUACCUUUUCUCAUGGAAGUUGCCAUGAAUUAGACCUCAGUCAAGUAGGGAAAAAGCCUGAAAAGAUAGAAAUACAAGCUGUUGACAUAGCAGUCCAUAGCAUGCAAUGUAGAAUACUGAUGUCCUAAAAAAUUAUGACUGAUAAAUAGGAGUGUGCAAAAUAGUUAUCAGAGCUCACUACAGGUCCAAAAAUUUCAAAGUUUUGAGUGGCAAUUUUCCAUUUCAUAGGAAAAAAAAAAAAAAGCUGACUAUAUUAAAUCCAGAGGAUUUAGUUUCUUUAGUUUAAGUGUAAUAUGCAAAAUUAAAUAACGCUUACUGACAUCUUUUCAGUGUAGAUUCUUGAGAAGAAAAUGUUCUGAUACAAUUUUAAUGUUUUAAAUAUUUCUUUUCUCAUAUGUUAAACUCAUCACAUAAAUUCUUACACACAUGUAUGUGUAUUGCAGUUGUAGUUAAAGCUCAGUUUUGCUAAAGAAUAGCACCAAAUUUGUGGUAAAUAUUAAACCAGCUUAAUCUAUUAGGAAUUCCAAAACAAAUAAUAAAGCAAGAGGCAUAAAUUGUGAGUUCACGGUUGAAUUCCAUCCAUAGAAAUCUUAAUCUGUGCCCAGAGGCGAUUAUAAGUGCAGUGACAAGGCUUAUUAGACUGCACUGAAAGAUCUGUGUUGGAUACUCAGAAUCAUAGGGAAUUAAACUUAAACAAUCUUUUGCUGCCUGAAUUGAAAUUAGUUAUAAUAAUAAAGUUGACUGCUGAAUUUUCUUGAUCUCUCAAUGGAUUUAAAAAAAACAUGACACUUACUUCACUGGAUUUGUUUUUCCUAUUCAUAACUCCUAGUGAUAACAUUGCUUAUCUACAGGUAAUGUAGAACUGAUAAAAGAGUGAGGAAAACACCUCAACUUUUUCUUGAUGUAUAUAAGUUUUAAUUUUGAAAGAGUGUUAUUUUCUGGAUAUAUUUUUCUUUAUUUUACUGUGAAGUUGUUUACUUCAAGGAGUUUUUCAUUGCUGGGGUUUUGGAAAUGAUCCCUCAAUAUUUGUUUGGAAAAGAGGAGUUGUGAAAGGCAACAGUCACUCUUAGAGCAAGUGUCAUAUAUUAAUGGCUGAAUGGUACGCUGGGUUUUUUUUUUUAAUUUAUAUGGGGAAGGCAUUGGGUAUCAAGUAGUUAGGAGAUUUAUACUGUAACUGUAAUAGUAUAGCAGGAGAUAGCAUGGUACAGUACAGAUGCAGCCCUGUAGUGUCAAAAAUACCUCCAAAUUCUCAGGUUCCAAAGCUUAAUGUACGUACUUCUGACAUCUCAGGAAGAGAAGAGGCUGGGUGGGGAAGGGGAGGGUGCCAAGGAGAUAAAAGGGGGAACAUGCCUGGGUGGAAAGGUAAAGCAAACCACAUGUCAACUUCCAUAAAAACAGAAAUAACUGUGAGACUGGACAGCACAAUGUUUUACACAAUGUAGGUGGGAUUGUACCACAGAACUGCUUUGGGGUGUUGCCAUCCUGGGAAAGAAAAUGUGUGGGCAUACCCUGCCUACCUCUUCUAAUGUGGUCUGGCUCUAGGCAAUACAGAAUGCCUGCCCUACAAAAGGCACAAUUAUAAAAUAUCUGAAUAUUUUUCAUCUAAUAAUAAAAGCAUAAUAAUUAGAUUAUUUGCUUCACUAUAUUGCACUUUUAUUAAGCAUUUUCUGAAGAAAAGCAAAGAGAUUCCUGCAGCACUUUGCCAUAUGAGAAUGCUUACCUUGGAGGUCACUAGGACUGCUUAUAUGUAUAUUCUAGUGUUUGCAGGCUCAAACUGUGUUUUUUGCAGAAUGUUUUGAAAGAUAUCAGGAAUACUACCCCACUUUUGUGGUUUUAAAAAUAAAUGUGAAGUCCUUAGUUACAAAAAUUGCCAUUCUUAGAAAUGAUGUUUCAUGACUUCUUUUGGAAAUUAGACUACAGCCUGCAAUAAUAUUAGCUUGUCUGAUUCACUCUGUUAAUGUUUGUAUUAAUAUAUUAAAGCACCUCUGUUAAUCCCUAGCAACACAACCGAAACCACAUGCUUAUUGUGUAUUUUAUCCGAGUAGUCUUCUGAGUGUCAAAUUGAGAGCUUUCAUUAUGAUGAAAUUACAUUCCUGUUUACCUGAAGUUUAAAAAAAACCAUUGUGUUAGGACUUGCACAGACUAGUUCUGCUCUCUCAAGUCAGUGGUAUAGCUCAGUCUGGUACUUCAAUGAUGACCCUAAACACAUAAUGUAGGAUGCAGUAGCCAGCAGUGCAGAUGACCAUGGAGGAUGUGGAAAUCAUACAUAGGCUUGGUUGGCCCUCUGCAGAAGAGCCUUUUGAAACAUAAGGAAAUAGAUCUGUGGGUGUGGGUUUUUUUUUCAGUGGGAAAGUCAGUGAAAACCAGCACAUCUAAAAUUUGAUGGUUACAUUUACAAAUAUUUAGGCCAGUUCUGCUCAUUACAUUUAAUCACAGUGAUGAUUCCUGCAAAUAAAGAAAGCAGAUUCAAACAUAGUGUCUGAAGUGGAAUUUUUUUCUAAUGAAUGACCAAUUUUGUCUCGGCUCCUAUUUCAGUGUGUAAUUUAUCUUGAUUAAGUAGUAAAUCUCUUCCAUCGUGUUAUUUAGGAAUCUAACUUCAUAUUUACAAUAGUUGAAGUAUCCUACUAAGCAUGAUGUUUUUGUGGGAAUUUGCAAAAGUUCAAUAGCACUCAUUUCUUGUUUGCAACAGAAAUAGACUUAUUUGUUAAAAGCUAACAAGAAAAGUUUAAAAUGUAAAGAUGUUUCAUUAUUGUGCUUUUCUGACAGAACCUGUAAUCCUUGUGUAAUUUAUGUCCUCAGAAUAACACCUGUAUGUACGCUCUUUCAUAUUUAAUAAAACAUUGUUGUAAAAACA